AUGGGGGUGCAGGGGGUCCUUGAGGAGACGUGCCAACUGCUGGCGGAGGAGGCGAGCUACCGCCUCAAGGAGGUGGAGUAGGGAAGGAGAAGAAGCCCCCCCUGCUGGAGGGACCACCCCUGUGGCUGAAGCCGCGCAGUGUCCGCGAGCUCUCGGUGGAACAGCAGCUCUGCUACAGGGAGAUCACCGAGGCCUGUGUGGGGUCCUGCGAGGCCAAAUGGGCUGAGGCUCUCCAGAGCAUCGCCACCGACCCCGGGCUGUACCAGAUGCUACCGCGCUUCAGCACCUUCAUCUCCGAGGUGGUGCGCGUCAACGUGGUUUAGAACAACCUGGCACUGCUGAUUUAUGUGAUGGGGAUGGUGAAGGCUCUGAUGGACAACCCGACCCUGUACCUGGAGAAAUGCCCUCUCCAAGUCUCGGCGGCACGUAUUGGCGAGACCCACCGCUGUAGCAUCCCGGGCACGGGGCCCCGCUUGCCCUUCUGCUGUCCCUCUGCGUGCAGGACCCGAACCCAACGCGUCGUCAGUACUCCGCACGGCUGCCCACGUCCUCCCCCGGUUCCGAAAAGGGCGAGGCACGUCGGGGGUCACCAAUUGUUGCAGGAUGACGCGGGAGACAAGUCUCAAGCUAUCAUGGUCAACAAGUCUCAACUUUAUUAUAAUGCUGUUGUCCUCUUAUACAGUAAAUAAUCAAGCUCAUGCAUAUUGCAAAACCAUAGCUUAUGAUUGGUACAGCUAUUUAUCAGCCCUUUGACGCAUGUCGGAAGCCUUGCUGUUAAGCUGUUUCUCUUCGUGUACUUUUCCCAUAACAUGCUGUUAUACUCCCUUGUUAUUGUUCCUCUUCAAACCCCGCAAGGGUACCCUGCCCUUGUCCCAACCUUUGCUCAUACUUUAACCAGCCUGAUAUUAUCCCCGUGUCCUUUGUCUCUCAACCACUGCUCAGGGAGACUAUCCACACCUGUGUGUCACCUGUGUCACCUGUGUGAGCUCAAUGUCACCUGUGUCACACCUGGGCCUUGGGGACACCUUCAGCCUCGGGGUGUGCAAUGGCUGCCAGCUGAUGGCGCUGCUGGGCUGGGUGGGGACACUGCCACCAGAUGUCCCCACGGGCCUGGCCGGGGCGGUGGCCCUGGAGCGGAACCUCUCGGGUCGCUUCGAGUCGCGAUUCGUGACCGUGCGGGUGGAGCCAGGCCCGGCGCUGAUGCUGCGGGGCAUGGAGGGGGCUGGUUCCAGUUCCGCCCACCCUCACUGCUGACGCGCAGUGUCCAGUCCGGCCUGGCCGCGCUGCGCUACGUCGAUGACUGCGGCGUCCCCACUGAGUGCUACCCCAUGAACCCCAAUGGCUCCAGCCGGGGCGUGACCGCGCUGGUGACCUGCGGCCAGCACCUGGUGGCCAUGCCGCACCCCAAGUGGUCAGUGCGCGCCUGGCAGUGCCCCUGGGCCGGCCGGAGCGCGGCCACGGCCGGACGCAGCAAGGCCGGGCACAGGCCCUGGCUCAGAAUGUUCCAGAAUGCCAUGGAGUGGUGUCUGCAGUGGUCGGAGGGGGAGAAGCGACCACUGAGUGACCAAUGAGUGACCAGUGAGUGACCAACUGACCAACCCAAGGACACCCCUCUGUGACAUUGACCACUGAGUGACUAAUGAGUGACCAGUGAGUGACCACCCCCUGGGGACACUGACCCUUCCUAGGGGACACUGACCACCACUGACCACUGAGUGAUCAAUGAGUGACCACCCCCUGGGGACACUGACCCUUCCUUGGGGACACUGACCCC